GUGUCGGCAAGCAUCGACAGAUGAGAUCAAUGGUCCAGGAGGAGGCGGUGGCACCCAUGGUGCAGGGCAACGACAACAAGCAGCAGCAGCAGCAGCAGCAGUACUGGGUGAACGGUGCGCUCAUCAUCGGCGCCGGACCUGCGGGGCUGGCCGUGGCGGCGUGCCUCCGCAAGCAGGAUGUUCCGUCCGUGGUGCUGGAGCGCGCCGACUGCAUCGUCUCGCUGUGGCAGAACCGCACGUACGACCGCCUCAAGCUGCACCUCCCCAAGCGCUUCUGCGAGCUCCCCAUGGCGCCCUUCCCGCCGCACUUCCCCCAGUACCCGUCCAGGGCACAGUUCCUCUCCUACCUCCACUCCUACGCCCGCCGCUUCUCCAUCGCCCCGCACUUCCGCACCAACGUCACCUCCGCGCGCCGCGACCGCGCAUGCGGGGUCUGGCGCGUGCAAGCCCACGUCGCCGGCCGUGGCGACGUCGAGUACGUCUGCCAGUGGCUCGUCGUCGCCACGGGAGAGAACGCCGACACCGUCGACCCCGACAUCGAGGGCCUUCGCCAAAGCAGGGUCCCCGUCAUGCACGCCGCCGAAUACCGGUCCGGCGAGCCCUUCAGGGGCAAGCGCGUGCUGGUCAUCGGCUGCGGCAAUUCCGGCAUGGAGGUCUGCCUCGACCUCUGCCACCACGGCGCCUCCCCCACCAUGGUCGUCAAGGACUCGGUGCACGUGCUCCCGCGGGAGGUGAUGGGCAAGUCCACGUUCGAGAUGACGGUGACCAUGAUGCGCUGGCUCCCACUCUGGCUGGUCGACAGGAUCCUGGUCGCCAUGGCGGCGCUCACGCUGGGCGACGUCGAGCGCUACGGCCUGCGGCGGCCGGCGGUCGGGCCGAUGGAGCUCAAGAGCCGGGAGGGCAAGACGCCCGUGCUCGACAUCGGCGCGCUCGCGAAGAUCAAGUCGGGCCAGAUCAAGGUCGUACCGGAGGUCAGGAGGUUCCUGCCUCUGCCUGCCGGGGGGGCGGAGCUCGUGGACGGACGCGUCGUGGAGGUGGACGCCGUCGUGCUCGCCACCGGCUACCGCAGUAACGUCGCGUCGUGGCUCAAGAUGAAGGGGACAGGUGAUUGGGAGGCCGGAGAGGAGGAUGGUCUCUACGCCGUGGGGUUCACGAGGAGAGGGCUCGCCGGGAUAGCUGAGGCGGCGGUGAGGAUGGCGGAGGAGCUGGGCAAGGUGUGGCGGCAACAGACGAUGGAUCUGCAGGAGCACCCAGGGCCAGCCUCUCGUGCCUGUGAUGGAUCAUGUGUGCAUGAUCAGUGAAUCCGUCCUUGUAAAAAGCACUCGAUCCUGUCAUAUGCAUCUUGAUCGUAAGUUGUAGCUCAAAGCAUCGGAGGUAGAGCUAGGAGUGACCAGCUCCCACUGUACUAGUUUUUUUUUUUCUUUUUAAAAAUUCACUGUACUAGUGUUACAGUUUGCACGCGAAUGAACAUCCAUCUAUCU